AUGUCAUCAUUUUUAAAUUCUCAGCAGCCGUCGCGCCCUCAUUCACCUUCUUCGAUGAGUCUCCCGCAGAUCCCAUCUCCUAUCCACACCGAGCAACCGAAACUCAUCAAUGAAAUGACCAUCUCACCGAUUUCCGAUACAGUCGUCAACCUCAGGGGAGGUGGACAUCACGGUCACCAUUCGCAUGGGGGAAGAGAGUACGUCCUUGCUCUCUAG